AAUCAAUAAUCCUUUCCUAAAACCCUAAACCAUAACAAAUUUUCAAAUUUCACUGCCUCUAUCUCUCUAAAAUCUUUACAGUACCAUCCUCAAUCCAAACCUAACGCAAAAAGAAUGGCGGACACCGUACAAUACCGCCUGGAGCGCAUGGUCGACGAGCUCGACGAUUUAGAAAGGCGCGGGUUUUUCACGCAUCAGGAGAUAGCUGAAAUUGUGAAACAAAGACGAAAAUUCGAGUAUAGACUGAAACGACCUAGUCCAUUAAAGCAAGAUUACUUAGCAUACAUAGAAUAUGAAACUCAGCUAGACACACUUCGCCGCCUAAGAAAGAAAUCAGUGGCGCGUGACCUAAAAGAAAAGGGAAACAAGAAAAUGAAGAUGUCAGUUUCCGAUUUUGCCGGUGUUUCGAGAAUUGUUGAUAUUUAUCGUCUCGCUGUCACGAGAUAUAAAGGAGAUAUUGAUCUUUGGUUUCGGUAUUUGGAAUUCUGUAGAGCUCGCAGGAAUGGCAGAAUGAAGAAGGUACUGGCUCAAUUAAUUAGGUUUCAUCCAAAAGUUCCAGGAGUUUGGAUAUAUGCUGCAGCUUGGGAAUUUGAUCAUAACUUGAAUGUAGCAGCUGCACGUGCUCUUAUGCAGAGCGGUUUGAGAGUAUGCCCUAAUUCAGAAGACCUUUGGAUAGAGUAUCUUCGAAUGGAACUUACAUACCUUAACAAGUUAAAAGCUCGGAAGGUUGCUCUCGGAGAGGAUACAGGCACUCUACUUCGUGAUCAUAGAGAUGCUGACGAGCAACAUUGGAGAGAUGAAAAUAAUGGUAUGUUUAUGUCACUUGAUGAAGAAAGAGGAAAUAACAAUGGGAUAAAUGUUAGUGUUGAGGAUAAAGCGGAUUUGUUUCGGGAACAGGGUUUGAAUAUUCUUCAGACGAUAUAUAGUGGUGCAAUUGAAGCCCUUCCUUCUAGUUUUGGCUUGAGAAAGCGAUUGUUUGAGAUAUUUGAAGCUACAGAAUUGGCUCAUUCAGAAGAUAUGCGCAACCAGCUCUUGAAUGAUAUGAAAAGAGACUUUUCUAGCGAUUCUGAAUACUGGGACUGGCUUGCUAGACUUGAACUGACUGAUUCUAUAAGUAUGCAGGAGAUGACUGAAGGUAGCAUGCCACCACAACUACAAAAGGCAGUUCAGGUUUAUGAGGAGGCUUUGCAAUUUGUGUCCUCUCCGACUAUGUUUAGCCUAUAUGCGAAGUUUCUUAUGGAUGUUAUUGCCCCUAAAAGAGAAGAUAACCAACUUUCUGGACCAGCCAGUCAUACUAAACACCAACUUUCUCAUCUUUUAACAAUAUUCAAGAAAGCGGAGAUAUCAGGAUGCAUUAGUGAGGAUUUUGCUUGUGAAUAUGUUUCAUUUUACUUGCAACUAGGAAGGCUAGAUGAAGCCAGGAAGCUAGCAGAAAAUUUUUGCAGUGGAAAACUUUCAGAUUCAGUAAAAUUAUUGCUUUUAAGGGCCUCAAUAGAAAUUAGAAUUUUUACAAAUAAUAUUCCUCGACCAAGUGACAUUGAUCUGCAAUCCAUCUUUGGGCUCCUUAAAAAUGCAUUGACUAAAGUGUCGAUAUCACAAGCUGAGGAGUUGUGGGUGAUGGCAAUCAAGUUAUUUGCUGUAGAAAAACAUUAUUUUGAGCAGCUGGUUGAGAUGUCAUUCAUUUCAGUAGCUAAAGAUGGUGGCGGCGACCAUGGUUUCUCUCUUCCUUCUGCCAUUGUAAAUUGUGUUCUCCAGAAAAAUGGAAUUCAAUUUGCAAGGGAGACGUACAAGCGUUUUCUUGCCCUGCCCCGUCCAGGUCUUGCUUUACUCAGAACUUGCAUUGAGUUGGAAGAGAAUCUUGCAUCAAUUCAUGAUAAAGAGUGUCUUGGAAAUGCCCGAAAAUUAUAUGAAUCGGCACUUGCAACUCAUGACCAAAAUGUGAGAUUGUGGCGAGAUUACCAUGCCAUGGAGAUUAAGCUGGGAACAUCAGAAACAGCAAAUGCGGUGUAUUGGCGUGCAAGGAAGACGCUCAAAAACUCUGCGUCACUUAUUACUUCUCCAGAUUUUUUAUAAUAUUUCUUAUGUACAAUAAACUUUAUCAGUUUUGGCCUUGAUUGAUAUCUUGAGUUAUUUGUGUAAUUGACAAAAGAUUUAGUUAUUUUCAGAUUUAACAAAUCUCUCUGGUCGUUUGAAA